AUGCUGUGCACCACUCUGCCACAGGCAGAGGUGGCAGGGGCCGCCCUGCCAGAGGCAAAGGCGGCAGGGCUCCUUCUGCCAGAGGUGGCAGCUCUGCAAGAGGUGGCAAAGCACAAUCUGCUCAAGCUCAAUGUGCCAAGAACUCUGUCGGCUGAGCAGGCCUGGGGAAGCCACAAGCAGGCCAAGAAAGCAAAGAAGGUGGAAGACAUUGGGGACACAGCUAUGUUCAGUCCCAAGAAGCAGCAGGUCGAGAAAGACUGCUCUUUGAUGAGUUUUGUGCGUGAGGCUGUGGCUAAGCUGACUCAGGAAGAUCGGAGAAGCCUGAACCAGAUGGCGAUCGGCUAUGCGGAGCUCAUGGCAGGCAUUGGAACAGGCACCCUUGCCAUGGAGUGCAUCGUGAGGGCCCUUGCAACUGAGGAGGUUUACAUGCAGGCAAAGCCUGCCUUCUUCUCUGAGAGCUGCUCUUGGAAGCGGCGUCGGCUUCUGCAGACCUUGAGCCACUUGAAGCUGUCUGCCUAUGACAUGUUUGGCUCCACUUCAGAUUUGAAGGCGCUGGCCACUGACUUGGUGAUCGUCUCCAUCGAGUGCGAUGACAUCAGCAUGAGCAGCACAACGCAGAAGAGUGUCCUGGACACCUCUGGCAGGUCUGGCCAGUCCCUGACCCAGUUCUUUGCCUACUUGACUUCACUGGAGCAAAGCAAGCGGGCUGCAGUGAUCAUUUUUGAGUGCGUGGCAGCUUUGAAGUACAACAAGCAGUUUGAGACUGGCACUGACAAAACUAUGGUUUGCCUCAAAGCCGCAAACGAUGCUAUGGUAUCAGCCUGA